AUGGCUACUCCCUCUGUUACUCUCGCAUCGUUGCAAGAUACAACACAUGACUAUUACAUUCAUCCUAAUGAGAAUCCUUCAUUGGUGCUUGUUUCCCCGAUUCUUAAAGGUCACAAUUAUCAUGGAUGGGCUCGCUCGAUGUCUAUGGCACUACAAAUGAAGAAUAAAUUUGGCUUUGUUGAUGGUUCCAUUCCUUGUCCAGCUGGUACAGAUCCAAUGGUUCAAGCAUGGAAGCGUUGCAAUAAUCUAGUUUUAUCUUGGAUCAAUCAUUUUGUUUCUCAUGAGAUUGCUACAAGUAUUAUUUGGAUUGACUCUGCUGCUACGGCAUGGAAGGAUCUCAAAGAUCGUUUCUCCCAAGGUGAUUCUGUUCGAAUUUCACAAUUGCAUCAAGAUCUUUAUUCAAUGCAUCAAUCUGAUCUAAGUGUUACUGCAUAUUACACUAAAAUGAAGAUUCUCUGGGAUGAACUUUGCAAUUUUCGCCCUAUUCCUGAAUGCCAAUCUUCUGCUUCUUGUUGUGUUGUUUCUAAGACAAUGAAGGAAUAUCGUGAAAAUGAUUGUGUUCUAUGUUUUCUUAGAGGCUUGAAUGAUAAUUACUCUGUUGUUCGCUCUCAGAUCCUUCUCAUGGAUCCCUUGCCUUCUUUACCCAAAAUUUUUUCGAUGAUAAUUCAACAUGAGCGACAAUUACAAUCAGGAAUUCUUUCUCAACCUCCAGUCAUGGCGUCACAAGUUUCUCAAUCUAAACCUUCUUUUUCUACCUUCAAUGGCAGAGGUAAACCCUCUCCUGCCAAUGAUUAUGGCCGGGGAAGAUCUUCAUAUCAAGGUUCUCAGGCUCGUUCCUCAGGGGGAAGGUUUGGUGCACCUCGACAAUGCACUCACUGUGGCAGGACAAACCACACCAUUGAUACUUGCUUUCUAAUACAUGGAUUACCACCUGAUCUCAAAUCCAAAAGAGUCCACAAUGUUACAACAGAUUCUUCUACAGUAGUUCCUUCUUAUAAUAAUUCUCCGGCACAAUCACAUUCCGCAAUUUUGGGACUUUCUCAAGAGCAAAUUCAUGGUUUAUUGGCACUUCUUCCUCAAUCUAAUCCCACAAUCCCACAUUCUACUAAUCUAGUGAGCUCUCAUAAUGCUUCCACUUCUUCCCAGGCUCAAGGACAAGUCAACCCUGCAGAUGAUUGGCAAAGCUGA